AUGCUACCAUCUCAGAUUAACCCUCAAGCUAAUGAUACAUUUAGUAUGUUUGAUUCUUUUGACUUUCAUGGAAACAUUGCUUUAGAGCCAUCUCAGCACCUUGAAGAGGAGUAUUCGGAUUACCAUAGCUUGCAUUCCCCUGAAUAUACUUUUUCACAUGGCCAAGACUCUUUACAAACUAUAUCAAGUUCUGAACCUACCUUUAAUCAACAAGAAGACUAUUACUCACAGCUUCAAAUUGAAUAUUUGAAUUCGUUAGAGUUAUCGGAUUCAAGUAGUCAAACCACAAGAGUUCGUUGUUCUUUAAUAAAUGAUAAUUCAGCUCACAACUAUCCAAUGGAUAAUAAUAUUAAAAGUAAUGCACCAAAAUAUUGUCAGUUAACUGAUGAAAUGCUUAACAAAGUUGAAUUGUAUCAUCAAUGUCAUAUUCAACAUAGUAAGAUAAUUAACUUACUUGAAAGUAAAUAUUCUGAUCACCCUAUUAAAUCACGAAAUGUUUAUAAUAUAAUAAGCAAAUUAAAAGAUCCCGGUUGCGUGGUUGAACUGGUAAUUGGAGUAAUAGAUAAUAAGCUUAAAGGUAUUUUUUGGCAAUCUGAUGAGCAAGUACAAUUAUUAUCAAGAUUCAGGGAUGUGUGUUUACUAGAUAUGACUUGUAAGACUAAUCGAUAUUGGCAACCACUAGCUUUAGUGAUCAUAGUUGAUAAUAAUACUAGGAGCAGAUUGGUUGCUCAGGCACUAUUGCCAGAUGAAUCUAUGGACUCUUUUAUUUGGCUUUUCAUAUGUCUUCAAAAAGGAAAUCCUACAUAUGAACCUGGUGAGCAUCUUGACAAAGAAAACAAAUAUAGUCAUUCUCAAAAUACUAUAACUUUUAGUCAUAAUAGUGGAUCGCAAUCAAUAAGUCUAACAUUGUUUCCUGAAAUUAUUGAAUUAUGUGAGAAAUAUCUUACACCUCAUAUAGUAGCUGAAAUAAAGUUACAAAUUCAACAAGCACUUUGGUAUCGAUGUUAUUUAAUUGAUAUUUUACAAGAACAUUAUAAUGAUGAGUCUGAAUUUGUAAAUGAUCAAAUGUGUUAUGGUAAAAGCUAUGGAUUAUUACAUACAGUUUUAACAUUAGCAAUGGAAACAGAAACUAAUGAAGAAGUAAAUAAUUGGUGCUAUCAAUUUAUUCAGCAAAAAAGAGAAAUUCAAAAACUUGUCUCUACAACUUCUGAACCAAAUAUUAGUACUAUAUCAGAUCAACAUAAUAAUAGUAAUCAAGAAAAUGCUAUUGACGAAGAAAGUGUUAUUCAAGAUGAAAAUACUAUUCAAAUUGAAAACACAAGUCAAGAUGAAAAUAUUAUUCAAGUUGAAAACACAAAUCAAGAUGAAUAUAUUAUUCAGGUUACUAAUCCAAAAGUUACAGCAAGCAAAGGUCGACCAAGCGGAAGACAAAAAAGUGUAUUAGAAUUAGAAGAUCGAAGACCUUUAAAAGCUAUUGAAGAGAAUUACAAUUAG